AUGGAUAAACCAGCUACUAGCUCCAGGGCUGACGGGGGGCCAGGGGCAAGGGGAACCGCAGGCACUGCUCCCUCUCGGGAUUUGGGCGUUGGUUCGGAGGAACGCGCCUCUACUAAUUCAACACGCGGAAAGACCCACAGUCGCAAAACUCAAGGCACCAAGCCGGAAGGUGUCAAGUCGGAGGACAAGUCAAGUGACCUGCCUGGCAAGACAGGCGAUCGACAGGGCAAGUCAGGUGCCAGGUCUGCGGACGCAAAGGCCACCCGAGUUUCUGAAGGCCGCGGACCUUCCGACGGCCGCGGGCCCUCCCAUGGCAAUGGGCCUUCCGACGGCAAGGGGCCUUCCGAAGGGCAGUCGAGACGGCCUCGAUCCCACCGACGCAAGCCGAAGCCCUCGCCCACGACUGGUGAGACGGCUGAUGACGCUACUGGUGACGCUAAAGGACCGUCGUCGAACGCGUCUAAGCGGCCGGCCCGCGGACGAGGAAAAGCGGAGGUUAAUCGAGACGGUCUUGAGUCCUCUGCUGCCCGUGGCGGUUCGUCCGCCCGAGGUGCAGCCCGAGGUGGUAGUCAAUCGACCACCCGAGAUGGUGGUCAGUCGACCACUCGAGGCGGUGGUCAGUCGACCACUCGAGGUGGUGGUCAGUCCACCCGCGGAGGGUCGGGUCGCGGUCGGGGUCGUAGUCGCGGUCGGGGUCGCGGCCGCGGAGGCCCGCUUUUCGGUGUGCCGCGAGGGGGCCGAAGUAGCGACGGCAGUGAAGAGGAGGAAAGGACGCCUGCGGUCCAGGCCUUCUUGGGCCAGCCGGGUGUUGCUCGUUCGGCGCACGCCGUUGUGAAUUUGAAGACCGUGCCGUUCAAUUGGGAGUUUGAAAAACGGGUGCUCAACAACUUGUAUGAGCUCCGCGAAGUUGCGCAGGUUGACGCCCACGACCAGGGUACGCCUACCGAGGGUGUCAGCCUCGAGGACGUCGCCGAGUCCUCAGAAGGCGAAGACGACAGCUGUCUGGUUCCUCCGCGCUCAAAGACGGAGGAGGAGCAGUCUGACAACGAGGACGACUCCGGCUUCGAGGACGCCCUCGACGAUGACCGGCAGGGAGAGGAAGAGGAGGACGAAGAGGGGGAGGACCAAGGCAAGAGUGAGGACCGGGAGCGGGGUGAGUGCGGUGGUUCGGACGAGCCGGAAAGCGAGGAGGAAACUCAUGAUUCAGGGGACCCUGCCGGUCGUGCCGUCCAGGACGGUCGUGGGGACCAGGACGGUCGUGGGAAGCAGGACGGUUGUGCGGAGUCGGGCCCGAAGGAAGACGGUGGCGGGGGCGUGGCGUCCGCGGCGAAGGACGGCUGCGGAAUGUUGCGGGUUGGGAAGGUGGUGUUUAGCUUUGUGCUGAACCCUUCUGAUCCGGAUGUGCCUGUGGAUAUUUUGUUCCCCCAGGGACUGAAGUUCCAUAUUAAGUUGGACGGGUCGUAUCCGAUGAGCGGGCAGAGCGUUUCAGUGGAUUGCGUGGUGACGGAUGACGACAUUGACGUGUGGGCACGACGAGUUAUUCGGCAGUGGGCUCGUUGUAAUUGGUCUGAAUGUCAGAGGACCAACAAGCCGGUGUACUCGUUGAUCAAGAUGCUAGACAGGGACCUGUAUACUCUGCUAUUGGAGGCGGCGGAGCAGAAGUCAACGAGUACUCUUCGUGAAGGUCCGUGGAAUAGCGAGGAGCAGAAGAAGCUAGAGAAUGCCCUAGUCUGGUUUAGGUCGUAUAGGGAUCCUAAGGUGAAAUGGAAGAAGGUUUCAGAGUACAUGGGAACUCGUACGCCGAAGCAGUGUUAUCUCCGCUUCCAACAGUGCUGUUGUGCAGUAAAGGAGUUUGAGGAAAAGAAUCCGGAAGUCACCGCACAGGUGCGCGAAGAUGACGAGAGUGAAGAGGAUGGCACAAGACUCGAAGAUCAGCUGGAGGCUAAGCAGGUGGACAUCAAGGGGCAGCUGCAGACCUCGUCUGCGCUCGCUACCAAGGACGGACAAUCUCUUGUCCCCGUGGGUGUUUCCAUGAAAGGUGUUACGUACUUUUAUUGCGGCCAUCUUAGGGCCAUCCUAAGCUGCGGUAAGUGCGGGAAGAAGCUGAGUUUGGAUACGGCGGUCGCCCGGCCUAACAAUCAAAACCAAGCCCACAUUGAAUACUCGAAUUGCAGCAACUGUCACCUUUCUUAUAAAGUAGAGCUCAUCGGUCUUUUCUGUACACCGAGCGCAUCUGACGGCGAGGCCUCUCCUACGGCCAAGAUAUUGAUAAAUGGCGCCAGCAUUGUAGACCUGUUGCCGAGUGAUUUCAUGUGCGCUUGCAACACGUGUAACGCCUUCAUCCGGUAUUCAGAACUGCUCCCGGGGCUGACCAAGUCGGUGAACUGCCGACACUGUCAUGCCAAGACCAGUUUGCACUUAGUAGGUAUCAACGUCACCGGUCAACAACCUUUCGCCGCCCUCAAGGCAGACGGGAAGACGCUGCUGGCGGAACACCGACCACGGAGGGCCGUGGACGCGUACAGGUUUGUGGUUGGUCAACCACUGCCUAGAGAAGGAGCUUGCUCUCACUACAAGAAAUCCCAUAGAUGGUUCAGGUUCCCUUGUUGCAUGAAGGCUUUCCCUUGCGACAAAUGCCACGACGCAGACAGCGACCACGUCUCGGACGGCAUGGCCACACGCAUCAUCUGCGGAAUGUGUUCUCGCGAACAAAGUGCACAGAAUCAAGAGUGCCCAUGUGGCAAUGCAUACAGGGCCGCUUCCACCACUCACUGGGAGGGAGGCCGAGGCUGCAGAGACUGGCAAAAAAUGUCCAAAAGAGACCCCAAGAAAUACAAGCUCAGGCAGAAAGAGGUCGAGAAGCUUCGCAAGAAGAAAACAUAG